AUGUCAAGAUACUGUGGGUGACAAGCUUCAUACCAACGACACAUGCUCCGUCACUAUAAAGUCCAUGUCUUCCUUCUUAUUCUUACUCAACUAAGUUACGUCCAUUUUCGCUGAAGAAUCCGUAGGUAUUUCAAAAUGUCGCACUUGGUGAACAAAGUCAAGAACUUCGUAUCUGACAAAUUCCACGGCGUGGCCAAGCCUGAAGCGAGUGUCGCCAACGUCGAAUUUAAGCGCGUCACCAUGAGCAGCGUAGAGUAUUUGGCCAAAGUCUCCGUUCAUAAUCCAUACUCACAUUCUCUUCCCAUCUGUGAGGUCAAUUACUCAUUCAAAAGCGACACUAGGGAGAUAGUAUCAGGGAGAAUACCAGAUCCAGGGUCAUUGAAGGCAAAGGAUACAACAAUGGUGGAUGUGCAUGUGAAGGUGCCGUAUAAUAUAUUGAUGAGCUUGGCAAAGGACAUUGGAGCUGAUUGGGAUAUUGACUAUCAGUUGGAUGUAGGUCUUGUUAUUGAUCUUCCUGUUGUUGGUAAUUUCACCAUUCCUCUUUCUCGUAAGGGAGAGGUUAAGCUUCCAAAACCUUUCUAACAUGUGCGAUAGUUUCUACUUGCUAAGUGGACAUGUAUUUCCCUUAUUUGUGUGUAGGGUCUAGGAUAUGCCAUACCUAAUAAGUCAUUGAUUAUUAUAUGUAUUAGAUCUAAAUAAGUACUUGAGUUGAGAUUGAACAAAAUCAGUUUUAUUCGAUAAUAAUUAAACGUGUAAAAGUUAAUUUUAAUCAAUUAUGAGUGUUUCAAAUAUAGAAUGAAAAUAUUAUGGAUA